GUGGUGGUUGUACAAGAUACUCCGCCAUACAAGGUGAAUGUCUCCAUCGUCGUCUGCAAAGAGUGCAAUGUAUUCAAAGAUAAAAUAAAAGACUUGGAAGAGGAGAAUGCAAAUCUGAAGCAGUUAACAGAUCGACUUAGACGAGAAAUUAGUUUAGUUGAUUUGAAGAAAAAUACAAAAGUUUCAAGAGAUGAAACAAAAAGCGAUGAUGGAUCAUCGGUGGAUGCCAGAGAGGAAGAUGAGAACAUAGUGGAGGUAAUCGAUUUAGAAAUAUUGAAAAAGAAAUUUGAUGAGUUGGGUGCAUCUAUCUCGAAGAUCAAAGGAAGCAACACCAACUCCAAAGAGUUAGCAGCAAUUUACAAUAAUAUCUCUCCAGAGAUUGAAAAAAUUGAACAAAAUGUGGGGAAAUUGGAGCAGAAGAUAGAGCAGAUGACUGAGGCAUCUAGCAGUCAACAGGCAAUGAUGCGCGAGAUGAGAGCAGAGAUCACAGAUUUACAGUGUGAAAUCUCUGAAUUGAAAGUCACAAAUUCUGAUUUAGUUAGAGAUUUCAAAAAGGAGAAGAAAGAAGCCCUAACGUCAUUAGAGGAAACAAAAAACCGACAUGCUGCCAGUCUGUACAAACAAGUGAAGGAGUUGCAACAACAGAUGAAAGAAAAAUGUCGCCUGUCGGCAGGAGCCCGUGAUACGCUGCGAGCACAUCUAGAUAAGUUACAAUUCUUAAAGAAAGACAAGGCUAUCAAUAUUAAUGAAGGCUAUGAGAAAAUGGUUUCCCAGACCCUCACAGCUGCAGAGAAACAUGUCUCAUGGCUUUCGCUACAGCUUCAGCAGAAAGAUGAGUAUAUCAGAGUUAACAACUUGAAGCGAGCGGACAAUGAAUUUUCUGGAAAGUUAAUGGAGAUCGUCGGGGGUUCGGUACUGAGUGGUACUCUGCAGCUCAAACAAUUUGGAGUCUCUCGUCUGGAGAAGCCUCGAACUAAUUGGGUGAAGUAUCCUACCUUUGCCUAUGACGCACCUCUUAAAAUAGAUGAUGAAAGAAUGAAUGCUAUGGAAAGGGUAUGUGACAUUAUUAUACAUAUACAAUUGGCCUACAAAUUUACCAUUACAUAA